AUGGCCAGCGAAACCAACUAUACCGCCCUUCCUCCCACCGACACCACCCCAUCCUCCGAUUCUCCCCCCCCCAAAGUCGAGCCCAUCCUCCCCCAGAUCCUCGGAUCGCCCGAGCCCUGGCCCUGCGUCCUCUUCGACGUGAUCGCCCCGACGAAGCUCAAUCCCAUCUUCCUCGAGGACCUCAUCCACCUGGUCCGCCACGACAAGGUCAAACUCUACCCGUCCUUCAGCGCCAUGUGCGGCGCGCGCGCCCUCGUCACCGGGAACAUCGUCGUGUUCCUGAAGCCGGAGAAGCAUCUGACCAUCCAUAAUGCGAAUGCGGCGGGUAGGCUGGUGCUGCACCUCGCCGCUAUCGAGUAUUCUCAGGCCGGGGAGAAGGGGGCUCCCGUGGCGGUGGCCAGUAAAGCGGUGGAUGGGCCGGGCUGGACGUUGCUUGAGUAUAAGGAUUGGAGGGAGAUGUCGCGGAAGAAGGGAAAGGAUGAACUUUGA